AUGAAAUCUCUGAAUAUGAGCGGCGAGAUAAUCGAGAGCUGUCUGAUACACUACGCGAAGAAGUACAUUCCCGGGAUCUCACGCGCCGCCAGGAAGCAGCCGCCGGCGACUUCUUCCUCCGCCGCCGCCCCGACGGAGAGCGAGCAGAGGGAGCUUCUGGAGACAAUCGCGUGCAACCUCCCGAAGGAGAAGACCUCGCCGUCGUCCCCGAACAUUACGCGGCUGCUCUUUGGGCUGCUCCGGACGGCGUACAUACUGAACGCUUCAGAUGGUUGCCGGCUGACGCUGGAAAAGAAGAUCGGGUUGCAGCUGGAGCACGCGACGUUGGACGAUCUGCUUAUCCCGAGCUACUCGUAUUUGAACGAGACGCUGUACGACGUGGAUUGCGUGGAGCGGAUUUUGGGGUUUUUUCUCGAAGGAUUGGAGGAGAGAUCCGCCGCGAUUAGAGCAGAGGGCGAGGAUGAUGAAGGCGCCGGAGUUAGAUCCGCCGGGCUAAUGCUUGUCGGGAAAUUGAUCGACGGCUACCUGUCGGAAAUUGCCUCCGAUGCCAACUUGAAGCCGGAAAAGUUUUACGAUCUGUCCAUUGCACUGCCAGAUCACGCCAGAUUGUUCGACGACGGGCUCUAUCGGGCCGUCGAUGUUUAUCUCAAGGCGCAUCCAUGGAUCUCGGAAUCGGAGCGAGAGAAAAUCUGCGCCGUUUUGGAUUGCCAGAAGCUGACGCUCGAGGCGUGCACCCACGCCGCCCAGAACGAACGGCUGCCGCUGAGGGCGGUGGUGCAGGUGCUGUUUUUCGAGCAGCUCCAGCUCCGCCACGCCAUAGCAGGAACCCUCCUCGCCGCCGACACUGCGGGCGACGGCGGGGAACAGUCCAGUGACGGCGGAGGGGAGGACGAGGAGGCGGCGGUGGGGCCGACGCGUGGGAACGCGACGUGGAGGGCGGCGGCGAGGCAGAAUGAGGUGCUGCGGCUCGACAUGGACACGAUGCGGACGCGGGUGCACGAGCUGGAGAGGGAGUGCACGACCAUGAAGAAGGCGCUGGAGAAGAUAGACAGGGCUGGUGGGGCCAAGGGACACGUGGAGAGAGGCGGUUGGCGAGCUAUGUUCGGGUGCAAAUUCAAGACGCAAGUGUGCGAUUCACAUGAAUCCACGGUGGUGGACACCAGAAAGUCCCACCGCGGCCACCGCCGGGAACAGUAA